AUGGAUCUGGCCCCGCCAACAAGAUUAAGAUAUACUGUAGUUAAUCAUGACAGUAUUCAGAUUUCAUGGAAGGCUCCUAAAGGGCAGCUUGAUGGAUAUAAACUCCUCGUCACCCCAAAUUCAGGUGGAAAACCGGAUGAGCUCUCCCUUCCGAACAAUGCAAACAAAGCAAUAAUUCAAGGUCUUCUCCCGGACCAGAGCUAUACAGUUCAGAUAGUGGCCUUUGCAAAAAACCAAGAGAGUAAAGCAGCCCAAGGCCAGUUCCGAAUUAAAGAUAUCGAGAAAAGGAAGGACACUACAGGUAAAUCUAAGGUGAAAGAUGUAGGUACGUGGAGACCUGCCAGCCCAACAACGGAUACCAUAUCUCCAGAAGCAGAAAACCAAUUUAAAUGUAAAACCCCAGCCAUUGCAGACAUUGUGAUCCUAGUCGAUGGUUCCUGGAGCAUUGGCAGAUUCAACUUCAGGCUUGUGCGUCUUUUCCUGGAGAAUCUGGUUGAGGCUUUCAACGUGGGCUCCGAAAAGACAAGAAUAGGACUUGCCCAGUACAGUGGUGAUCCCCGGAUAGAGUGGCACUUGAAUGCCUAUGGUACAAAGGAUGCUGUCUUAGACGCAGUGCGUAACCUACCCUAUAAGGGUGGGAACACCUUAACAGGCCUUGCUUUAACUUUCAUUUUGGAGAAUAACUUUAAACCGGAGGCUGGUGCAAGACCGGGGGUUCCAAAAAUUGGUAUAUUGAUCACAGACGGGAAAUCCCAGGAUGACGUGAUCCCGCCUGCAAAAAACCUGCGAGAUGCUGGCAUUGAAUUGUUUGCUAUUGGUGUUAAGAAUGCUGAUGAGAAUGAGCUGAAGGAGAUCGCCUCUGAACCAGACAGCAGUCACGUCUACAACGUUGCUGACUUCAGUUUUAUGAAUUCCAUUGUGGAAGGCCUUACAAAAACUGUUUGCUCCAGAGUGGAAGAGCAGGAGAAGGAAAUCAAAGGGACCCUGGUAGCCACCGUUGGGGCUCCGACAGAUCUAGUCACAUCUGAGGUGACGGCCAGAGGAUUCCGUGUGAGUUGGGCCCAUGCUCCAGGAAAAGUGGAAAAAUACAGAGUUGUCUACUAUCCUACAAGAGGAGGGCAGCCGGAGGAGGUUGUGGUGGACGGCACCGUUUCAACAGCAGUUCUGAAAAACCUGAUGUCUUUAACUGAGUAUCAGAUAGCUGUAUUUGCCAUAUAUAUUAGCUCUGCCAGUGAGGGACUCCGAGGCACUGAAACAACACUGGCUUUACCGAUGGCUUCCGAUCUGGAGCUGUACGACGUGUCACACAGCAGCAUGAAAGUGAAGUGGAAUGGAGUAGCAGGCGCAACUGGGUAUAUGGUUCUGUAUGCUCCUCUUACUGACGGGCUAGCGGCAGAUGAAAAGGAGCUGAAAGUUGGAGAGAACUCAAGAGAUAUUGAGCUGGAGGGAUUGCUGCCUAAUACGGAAUAUACAGUCACAGUUUAUGCAAUGUUUGGAGAAGAAGCCAGUGAUCCCCUUACUGGACAAGAAACGACACUGCCUUUAAACCCACCGCGGAACUUGAGGUUUUCAAAUAUUGAACACAGUUCGGCUAAGGUAUCCUGGGAUCAUGCUUCUAAAAAAGUGAACGGUUAUCGCAUUAUGUAUGUUAAGACAGAUGGAACAGAAACCAAUGAGGAGGAGGUUGGUCAUGUUUCAACCCACACGCUGAAGAGCUUGACAUCCCUCACGGAGUAUACCGUUGCUAUUUUCUCCCUCUAUGACGAGGGGCCGUCUGAGCCACUUACUGGCAGUUUCACCACGAAAAAAGUUCCAGCCCCUCAGUACUUGGAAAUCGACGAAGUAUCCACAGAUAGUUUUAGAGCAAACUGGAAGCCACCAUCCUCUGACGUGGCCCUUUAUCGACUAGCAUGGAUUCCAUUGGGCGGAGAAGAUGCCGAGGAGAUCGUCUUAAGUGGAGAGAUGGACACCUAUGAGAUUGAAGGCCUGGUACCCGGCACGGAGUACGAGGUGUCUUUGGUGGCGCUCUUUGAUGAUGAGAGCGAAAGCGACGUUAUCGCUAUUCUCGGGACCACACUUGACAGGAUUACUACUGAACUGACCACUACAACCACCACGAGUACCACGACUUCCCGACCUACAACUGCAGUCUUUCGAACGGGAAUUAGAAAUCUUGCUAUAGAUGAUGAAACUACGUCAAGCUUGAGGGUGAAAUGGGAUAUUUUGGACUAUGGCGUCCGCCAGUUCAGGGUGGCAUACCUUACUGCUGUCGGCGACCGUGCUGAGGAAGCGGUAAGAACGGUAAUGGUGCCUGCGAGGCAAAACAGUUUGCUUCUCCAGCCCCUGCUCUCGGACACAGAAUAUAAAGUUACAGUCACUCCCAUCUAUUCCGAUGGGGAAGGUGUCAGUUUGUCAGUCCCAGGAAAAACCUUGCCACUGUCUGCUCCGAGAAAUCUGAGGGUCUCUGAGGAAUGGUACAACAGAUUGCGCAUUAGCUGGGAUGCCCCUCCGUCGCCCACAAUGGGAUACAGGAUUGUAUAUAAACCCGUGAACAUCCCUGGGCCAGCCCUAGAGACCUUUGUGGGCGAUGAUAUCAACACCAUUCUUAUUUUGAAUUUAUUAAGUGGAACUGAAUACAGCAUUAAAGUAUUUGCUUCAUACUCAACGGGAUUCAGCGACGCUUUGGCGGGUGUAGCCAAAACAUUAUACUUGGGAGUGACAAAUCUGGGGGCUUAUCAGGUCCGCAUGACAAGCAUCUGCGUCCAGUGGCAUCUUCAGAGGCAUGCAACUGUGUACAGGGUAGAGAUAGAAUCUCUUGUCGAUGGAACAAAGAGGGAAGUCCUACUGGGUGGCGGGACCCCAAGGCAUUGCUUCUUUGAGCUGAUUCCUGGUACUGAGUAUAAAGUCAGUGUUUAUACACAGCUGCAAGAAUUAGAGGGCCCGGCUGUUAGCAUCAUGGAGACAACGUUACCAUUCCCCACUGAACCACCACCAACUCCUCCAACUACCACCCCACAGCCUACAAUUCCUCCUGCAAAAGAAGUUCCCAAGCUGAGCUUAAUGGCAAUUGUCUUCUCUGUCCCAAGGCACGCCGGGAAGGUAGCAAUUGCUCAGUUCAGUGACGAUCCCCGGACAGAAUUUAAGCUGAAUGCCUACAGAAGUAAGGAGAGUCUCCUGGAGGCCAUCCAACAGAUAGCGUACAAAGGAGGGAACACCAAAACUGGCAAGGCAAUUAAGCAUGCUCAGCAGGCCUUAUUCACCACUGAGUCAGGGACCAGAAAGGGAACCCCGAAGGUUCUGGUGGUGAUCACAGAUGGGCGAUCACAGGACGAUGUGAACAAAGUCUCCAGGGAGAUGCAGCUAGAUGGGUUCAGUAUAUUUGCCAUUGGAGUGGCAGAUGCUGACUAUUCAGAACUGGUGAACAUCGGCAGCAAACCUAGUGACAGGCACGUCUUCUUUGUGGAUGACUUCGAUGCCUUCAAGAAGAUUGAAGAUGAGCUGAUCACUUUCGUUUGUGAAACGGCAUCUGCAACUUGCCCACUGGUUUAUAAAGAUGGCAACAGUCUUGCUGGAUUUAAAAUGAUGGAGAUGUUUGGUUUGGUUGAAAAGGAGUUUGCAACUGUGGAAGGGGUUUCCAUGGAGCCUGGAACAUUUAAUGCAUACUCCUGUUACAGACUACAUAAAGACGCCUUGGUCUCCCAGCCAACCAAAUACUUGCACCCUGAGGGACUUCCUUCAGACUACACCAUUACCUUUCUCUUCCGUAUACUGCCUGAAACACCCCAGGAACCAUUUGCUCUCUGGGAGAUUUUAAAUGAAGAAUACGAGCCAUUGGUCGGAGUGAUUUUAGACAAUGGUGGAAAAACCCUCACUUUCUUCAAUUAUGACUACAAAGGUGAAUUCCAGACUGUUACAUUUGAAGGACCUGAUAUAAAGAAAAUAUAUUAUGGAAGUUUCCACAAGGUGCAUGUUGUUAUCAGCAAAACGGCAGCUAAAAUAGUGAUUGACUGCAAACAAGUGGGUGAGAAAACGAUCAAUGCAGCUGGCAAUAUCACCUCUGGGGGCAUCGAAGUAUUGGGAAGAAUGGUCCGAUCCAGAGGACCGAGGGACAAUUCUGCGCCGUUCCAGUUGCAAAUGUUCGAUAUCGUUUGUACCACUUCGUGGGCUAAUCGAGAUAAAUGCUGUGAACUUCCGGGAUUGAGAGAUGAAGAAAGUUGCUCCGCCCUUCCUCAUGCUUGUUCCUGUUCUGAAGUCAGCAAAGGUCCUCAAGGUCCACCUGGGCCGCCGGGUGGACCAGGCCUCAGAGGUCCAAAGGGUAACCGUGGUGAAUAUGGUCCAAAGGGGCCGGAUGGACCACGUGGUGAAAUUGGAGCUCCUGGCCCUCAAGGACCUCCUGGGCCACAGGGGCCAAGUGGACUUUCUAUUCAAGGACUUCCGGGACCAAUUGGUGAAAAGGGAGAAAAGGGAGAAGAUGGUCGUCCUGGCAUACAGGGUGUCAUGGGACCAUCUGGACCUGCAGGACGAGAUGGAAGCCAGGGCCCAAGGGGCCUUCCUGGGAAAGAUGGACCCACAGGAUCACAAGGGGCCCCGGGACCUGCGGGGAUACCUGGUGCUCCAGGUGUGCCAGGAGUUACAGGGAAUGCUGGAAAGCAAGGAGACGUUGGUCCCCCUGGACUUCCAGGACCAAAAGGCGAGAGAGGAGAACGUGGAGACCUUCAGUCCCAAGCAAUGGUGCGGGCAGUAGCUCGUCAAGUAUGUGAACAGCUCAUCCAGGGACACCUGGCCAGAUAUAACUCCAUCUUGAAUCAGGUUCCAAGCCAAUCCGUGUCAACCCGAACUAUCCCUGGACCUCCUGGUGAACCCGGGAGGCAAGGGUCACCUGGACCUCAGGGAGAAUCGGGAUCUCCAGGAAGGCCAGGAUUUCCUGGCAGUUCUGGGCAGCCUGGAAGACCUGGUGAAAGAGGUUUACCAGGGGAAAAAGGAGAGAGAGGUAGUCCCGGUGUUGGAACACAAGGGCCUCGAGGUCCCCCGGGGCCUGCAGGACCUCCAGGUGAAAGUCGAACGGGUAGCCCAGGUCCUCCUGGCCCACCAGGCCCAAGAGGCGCAACUGGCCACACAGGUGCUCCUGGACCACAGGGUACAUCAGGGCAACCCGGAUACUGUGACCCCUCUUCCUGUGCUGGUUACGGAACAGGAGGUGGAUAUGGGGAUCCAACAGAUGAAGAUAUCCCAGUCGUGCCGUUGCCGCAUAACUCCUACCAGCUCUAUGACCCCGAGGACCUCUACGAUGGGGAACAGCAGCCCUAUCUAGUUCACGGGUCCUACCCUCACCCCCAGUCCUUCUACCCAGUGCCUCGUAUCGCUCAGCCAGAGUUCACACCUGUUCAGGAUGAAACUGAGGCUGUUGAACUGAGAUCCCCCGGAAUCAGCCGCUUCACCAGCAGAAUCUCCAAACGAAGCAUCAGCUCUCCAGUCCGCAAGACGGUGAUUAAGAAAACGUCUUCAUGAACUGUUUCUUUUAUGUGUGCGUACAUUAUAUAUUAUUUUUAGGCCUUGGUCCAGUUGCCUAAAUGAUGUCACAAUAUUGUUUACAGGCUUGUAUGUUAAAGGGAAUAUAUAUAUAUACUGUACAUGACCACUGGCAGAACAAGAGAAAUGCUAAUUACAUUGCAUGCCAGAAGUUAUUAGCAUUAAAAAGGUUACUAGAUGAAUCCUCCAAGGAACCUUUUUUUCCUGGUUCUGUGCAAUUGUCACAUGACUAUGCUUCAGUUCACAUUU